CGCCGCUUCACUCACUUGUCCAUCCAUAAGCAGGAGACAAUGAGAGAUGCUCCUGAACUUCCAAGAUAUUUGCCGCGGCAGAUUCCUCAUUUUCUACAAGACGUCGUCUUCCAUGGAAAGUUUGACCUACUGAAGGCUUUAACACCAACGGAAAACAGCCACGGUCUGUGUGGCCUCUACUUUCAAGAUGGACUGCGGCAUGUGGACUAUGUCCUCACCUAUGCUGUAAAAAAGUCCUCUGGGGGACGUUCCAUUCGACAGACAACACAUUUGUUCACUGAAAAUGUUGUUGCCCGCAGCCUGCGACGUAGCCAUCAUCCUCAGAAACCUGUUGAAAAAAACUCAUUACCUUCAUCAAUGCCAGCACUCUCCCGUGCGGAGGUACACUGCCCAGGAGAGACCUUCAGUGCCCAGGAGGAUCAGAAGGCUAUCAGGAGGGAAGAGUUUGAGGGCAAACUCAGAGAUAUGGGCCUUCAGCUGGAGAUUGACGAGGAUACCAAAAUUCCAGGAGUGGGCUUUGUCAAAAUCCAUGCUCCGUGGAAUGUUCUCUGUCGGGAAGCAGAGUUCAUGAAGCUAAAGAUGCCCACCAAAAGGGUAUAUGAAGUUAAGAAGUCAAGCGGCGUUAUAGAAAAGAUCAGCUUACUCGUCAGUAAAGUUGUUGAGCCUCUUCAUCCUCAUGUUGAUGGAACCCAACCAAAGAACAUCAAACACCUGUCACACACGUUCUCCAGAGAGAAGCAACACCUGUUUGACGUUUCAGACAAGGAUUCCUUCUUUGACAGUAAAACCAGGAGUUCAAUAGUAUAUGAAAUACUAAAAAGGACUAAAUGCAAGGCCAAGUACAGUAUGGGUGUGACGAGUCUCCUCUGUAGUGGUGUGUACACAGCUGCUUACCCACUUCAUGAUGGAGAUGUUGACGAAGAUAGUGCAGAGCCUAACGACAGAAAACUUUUGUAUGAGGAGUGGGCAAAUUAUGGCGUCUUCUACAAGUACCAGCCCAUCGGACUUGUGCGGAAGUACUUUGGUGAGAAGAUUGGACUGUACUUUGCCUGGCUGGGACUGUAUACUCAGAUGCUGAUUCCUGCUUCCAUGGUGGGAGUCAUUGUGUUCCUGUAUGGCUAUGCAACAGUGGACGACAAUACACCAAGCAUGGAGAUCUGCAACCCAGAGAAGAACAUCACCAUGUGCCCGAUGUGUGAUAAAGUCUGCAGCUACUGGAAACUUAGUUCAGCUUGUGGAACUGCAAGAGCCAGUCACUUGUUUGACAACCCAGCUACGGUUUUCUUUUCUAUAUUCAUGGCUCUUUGGGCUGCCAUGUUCAUGGAACAUUGGAAGAGGAGACAAAUGAGAUUGAAUUAUGAAUGGGACCUGACCGGGUUUGAAGACGAGGAGGAAGCACUCAAGGACCAUCCAAGAGCUGAAUAUGAAUUCCAAGUCAUGCAGAAGUCUCUGAGCAGACAUCACAAAACACAAUACAAGAUGGAAAAACUUACAUGUCAAGAUCGCCUCCCUGCCUACAUGACAAAUCUGGUCACGAUGUUGUUAAUGAUCGGUGUAACAUUUGCCAUUGUGUUUGGUGUCAUUCUCUACCGGAUCUCCACAAAAGCUGCUCUACAUAUGAGCUCCAAUCCAAUCACACGAAACCAUGUACAACUUACUGUCAAAACCACAGCAGCCAUAAUCAACCUUGUGGUCAUCCUCAUACUGGACGAGGUGUAUGGUGCUGUAGCCCGAUGGCUCACUGUUUUAGAGGUUCCAAAAACGGACAAGAAUUUUGAGGAGAGACUAAUCUUUAAAACAUUCAUUCUGAAGUUUGUUAAUGCUUUCACACCAAUCAUCUACAUUGCUUUCUUCAGGGGAAGACUGGUUGGCCGACCAGGCAACUACUUGUAUGUGUUUGAAUCUUACCGAAUGGAAGAGUGUACUCAUGGAGGCUGCCUGAUGGAGUUGUGUAUCCAGUUGAGUAUAACCAUGCUGGGAAAGCAGUUAAUUCAAAACAACCUUUUUGAGAUUGGAAUACCCAAGCUAAAGAAGUUUAUUCGCUACAUCCAGUCAAAGCAAGGAACUUCCCAAGAGGAAGAAAGACAGAAGAAAUUGAGGAGAUAUGAAGCUGACCACUUUCUGGAGCCAUUUGCAGGGCUAACACCGGAAUAUAUGGAAAUGAUUAUCCAGUUUGGUUUUGUCACUUUAUUUGUGGCAUCCUUCCCCUUGGCUCCAUUAUUCGCUUUGCUCAACAACAUCAUUGAAAUACGACUUGAUGCCAAGAAAUUUGUGACCGAGUUGCGGAGGCCAGUGACAGCAAGAGCCAAAGAUAUCGGUAUAUGGUACAACAUCCUAAGAGGGGUUGCCAAAGUGGCUGUCAUUAUCAAUGCCUUUGUCAUCUCCUUCACCUCAGACUUCAUCCCUCGGAUGGUCUACCAGUACAUGUACAGCCCUGACGGCACUAUGCAUGGAUUUGUCAACCAUACUCUCUCAUAUUUUAAUGUCAGCCACUUCCAGGAUGGGAAAGAGCCCAUGGAUCAAAUGCAACUUGGCUUUGCAGUUGAGAUAUGCAGGUACAAGGACUACAGAGAACCACCUUGGUCAUCAUCGCCGUAUGAGAUUUCAAAGGAAUUUUGGGUGGUACUGGCUAUUCGGCUUUCUUUUGUUAUUAUUUUCCAGAAUGUUGUUAUGCUGAUGAACGACCUUGUGGACUGGCUCAUCCCAGACAUCCCCAAAGACAUCAGCCUGCAGAUCCACAAGGAGAAGAUUUUAUUGGUGGAGCUCUUCAUGAAGGAAGAGCAGGUGAAGAGCAUUAGUUUGGAGAACACUGCCUCGACAUGGAACAAGGGCAGCAGGAAUAACAACACAACAACACCUUAAAUAUAAUAAUCUCAUCAACUUUUUAGUAGUGAAACUCAUGACUUGCCUAGAAGCUAUCCUUCAUCUUUCAAAACAUUCCGACAAUUGAGGAGGAAGCUAGCAGAUGUGUGCUAAUAGUAAUGUCGUAUUUACCUGUCAUUUAAUUCAUUUUGCAUUUGUA